AUGUCCGGGGAAAGGGGGCGCCUAGCGAACCCAACAAAACAGACGAAUCCAGAAACGCCAGCUUCGCGACUCUAUGCUGAGCCUUUAUCGGCGACCUCCCUGUCACUCUCUUGGACUCCGUUAUUGGCAAAUCAGUGGAAUGGACAGCCUAAAGGGUACUUGAUACUGUAUAAGGAAGUUGGAACGGAUCAUUGGGUGAGUGGAAAGUUAGCAGCUAACUGCCACGAAAUCCGGAUACCUUCUCUACGAGCAAGUGAUUUCACCUUACGCGAUCUUCAACCUUACACCACCUAUGAAGUUCAAUUGUUUGCUGAGAAUAUGUUUGGAAGAAGCCCCUCAUCAGGAACAUCAGAAGCAAAAACCUAUGAAGGAGUGCCGUCAGGGCCCCCAAGGAAUGUUCGCGCUGAUGUUGAUGGUAAACGCGGUGUAAUGGUGCAAUGGGAUUCAGUGGAUGAUGAACAGAAAAAUGGGAACAUUAGGGGUUAUGAGGUCACCGGUCUGCGCGCUUUCACCAGUUACCUUGUUUACGCUUCAGCAUGUACUAUUGUUGGAUGUGGUCCUGAGAAC